UGACUGACUCGCCAGCUAUGUGCUGUAACCAGCAAGACCUGAACAGAUAUUUAUCUCUUUAAAUGUACUAGACCCUUUGAUGGAUUUUGUAUCAGAAACUAUUGGCGGCUGGGUGGUUGCAUCUACUACUAUUUUGUCUGUUAUUACUAUAUCAUUGCCUUCUUUCAGUACGUUCAAUAAAGCAUGCGCGCUAUUCUUCUGCAAAUGCCAAAAUUUCUACCUCUUGCCCAGAGGACACACAACCCCUAACCUAGCCCUUGUCACAACAACAUAUUCAACUUCGAUGGUGAUUAAUCACCCUCCUUCCCCCAAACCCCCCCAUCUACUUCAACAGAACCCAACGCAGAAAUGCAGACCCCCGGCCCCCAAAGUCAAACAAGCCCCAGCGGGCGCUACCUACACAGCCGCAACGCAGAGCAGACCACACAAUAAAUACAGCUGGACCACGAUAGAAGCCAGAUCUGUACUCUGUACUUAGUGCGCUGAUCGACAGUUAUUUCGUUAACCGGGGAGAUUGAUACGCUGGAAUGCAGACAAGGCCGGCGAAGUAGACUGUAACCACUUCUUCAACCCACCUAAGCCAGAACUACUCGAGUAUGAUAAUAAUAGCAAGCCCAAUCAACGGUUGAAGAGCGAUGGACGCCUAAUUAUGGUAUUGGGGUCCUUAACUCGGAC